GCAAGAGAGAGAGAGUGAGAGAGCGUGAUGGAGAGAGACGGGACGAGUGAGCGCUGAUGAGCCGGAGUAUGGAUGGCCAGCGAGACGCUGUGCGAGUCAGCCAGAGAAGACAGUGAAAGUACAAGAAGCUCCCAUCAGGAGAAGAGCAUGUGAGCCUGAGCUCACCUCCGGCAAUUCUCAAGUCUGACACGUUGGAAAAAGACAGAAGGAGGAGGAGGAUUGGCGAAGAACUGAAGACACUAUAGCGGCUUUCCUCUGGUAAACGGGCACACUAAAAAGGAGGGCUGUUUUGCCACUCUUACACUCUCAAUAAUGAUCCCUCGGGUUCUUCUGCUCCUGUGGAUCUUCGGACACGGUGUAGAGUCCAUGUUUUCCCAGCAGCCACAGGACUUGGUGGUGGUGGCUGGCCAACCUGUGACCUUACCAUGUUCCAUCCCUGGCUACCAUGGCGUUGUCCUGUGGAUCAAAGAUGGCCUGGCACUCGGGGUUGGAAGGGACCUCUCCGGCUAUCCCCGUUACACAGUGAUUGGCGACCACGGCUCCGGAGAGCAUCAUUUGCGAAUCCAGCGUGUGGAGCUGAUGGAUGAUGCUGUGUUUGAGUGCCAGGCCGUCCAGGCUGCCAUGAGAUCCCGUCCUGCCCGCCUCACUGUGCUUGUUCCACCCGAGGACCCCGUCAUCAGCGGAGGGCCAGUGGUAAGCCUGAGGGCCGGCGACCCACUCAAUCUGACUUGCCAUGCUGAUAACGCCAAGCCAGCAGCCUCUAUCAUCUGGAUCCGCAAUGGAGAGGUCCUCAAUGGAGCAAUGUACUCCAAGACAUUGGUCCGCGAUGGAAGAAGAGAAACCACCGUGAGCACGCUCUACCUGUUGCCCUCCAACAUCGAGACUGGCCAACAGAUCAUCUGUAAGGCCUCAAACAAGGCAGUCCCCAACGGCAAGGAGACCAGUGUCACUAUUGACAUCCAGCAUCUGCCUCUUGUCAAUCUCUCAGUGGCGCCUCAGCCAGUUCUUGAGGGAAACCUUGUGAGAUUCCACUGCUCUGUAAAGGCCAACCCUCCUGUCACACUAUACAGGUGGGCAAAAGGAGGAAGUAUAAUAAAGGAGGUCUCCGGCGACACAUACGAGGUGAUUGUGGACCACUCCUUCUUCACAGAGCCCGUUUCCUGUGCAGUAACCAACCAACUCGGCAGCACCAACGUUAGCCGUAAUGUCGAUGUCUACUUUGGGCCUCGCAUGGCUGCAGAGCCUCAGUCCUUGCAGGUGGACCUUGGAUCCGAUGCCGUGUUCAACUGUGCCUGGACAGGAAAUCCCUCUCUUACAAUAGUGUGGAUGAAGAGGGGUUCUGGAGUGGUUCUUAGCAAUGAGAAUCUUCUAACACUGAAAUCCGUGCGGCAGGAGGAUGCUGGGAAAUAUGUUUGUCGUGCUGUGGUCCCAAGAGUUGCCGCAGGCGAGAAGGAAGUUUCUCUCACUGUCAAUGGGCCACCCACCAUUUCCAGCACUCAGACACAACAAGCCUUGCACGGAGAGAAAGGACAAAUCAAAUGUUUUAUUCGAAGUACUCCACCACCAGACCGCAUUGCCUGGUCCUGGAAAGAGACUGUGUUGGAGUCUGGGACGUCCGGCCGCUACACCGUCGAGACGGUCACCACAGAGGAAGGUGUCAUCUCCACACUGACCAUGAGUAAUAUUGUGCCAGCUGACUUCCAGACAAUUUACAACUGCACUGCAUGGAACAGCUUUGGCUCAGACACUGAGAUAAUUCGCCUUAAGGAACAAGGUGGGAGCCAAGACUCCCUUCCCGUAGCGGUGAUCAUCGGCAUUGCCGUGGGAGCUUUUGUUGCCCUCAUCGUCCUCAUGGGAACCAUUGGAGCGUUCUGUUGUACCCGCUCCCAGAGAAAGGAAGCGCACCUGGUUAUGCCCUCACUGCCCGUCUCCAUCUGUGCUCACCAGAGAGAACUUGCAAGCAAAAUUAAAACAGAAAAUCUGAAAGGAGUUGUGUCUGCAAAAAACGACAUCCGGGUGGAAAUUGUGCACAAAGACCAUAAUGCCGCUAGAGAAAACGAAGAGCACACCUCCAUGAAACAACUGAUGGUGAGUGUGGAACGUGGGGAGUUCCAGCAGGAGUCUGCUCUGAAGCAGCUGGAGGUUCUGCAAGAGGAAGAGAAAGACUAUCAGCACAUUAAGGACCCCACAAAUGGCUACUACAGCGUCAAUACGUUCAAGGAGCACCCGACACCAACCAUGGCGGGGAACCAGUCCACUGAUGGGAGGAAUCCAACAAACACAAGCACCCUAGGCAAGCAGCGGGUACCAACGGGCAUGUCCUUCACCAACAUCUACUCUACUCUCGGAGCAGGCCCCAAUCGUCUGUACGACUACAGCCAACGCUUUGUUUUGGGCAUGGGCAGCAGCUCCAUUGAGCUCUGCGAGCGGGAGUUCCAACGUGGCUCAUUAAGCGAUUCCAGUUCCUUUAUCGACACGCAGUGCGACAGCAGCGUCAGCAGCUACAAUAAGCCGGACGGCUACGUGCAGUUCGACAAAGACAGCAAGGCGUCGGCUUCCUCGUCAUCCCACUACUCCCAGUCUUCAUCGCAGAACUCAGACCUAACCCGGCCCCUGCAGAAGCGCAUGCAGACCCAUGUCUGACAGCCAGGAAGUGAGGGAUGCUGUUUAAACAGGGUGUGAACAAGCCUCAGUGUGAAACUGUAUCUUCUUCUGGAGGUGCAGGAGACGGGUGGUUUGAUCAAAAGUUGUGACUUCUUUUCAGACUUCGCAAUUUCUUCAAAUGUGGGUCAAGAAGCCUUAUACUGCCGUGUUGCUUAAUCACGCGUCCUUUUUUAAAGAAUCCAUAAUCUUGAGUAGUGCCACAGCAGCGAUGUUUGCCAACACAGAGACAAUCCAAAUAUGGAGCUUGAAGUGAUUUACCACAUGGGAUUGUUCCGCUGAUUAAUGGUCAGCGAUAAAACAAGGCUUUGUUUGAUAAUCUGCUCCCUUUGCAAAUACAUUUUUUUUAAGAUUGUCGUUCUAAAAAAAGAAAAAUCAUUCUUAUCAGUGUUGGAGUGAAAGAGUACAAGUGUGAGCUACUUUCCCACAACUCUUUCAUGUACUGUAGUUUCAAGCACAAUGACUGUAUGUGCACGAGGUUUUUAAGUGUUGCAAUGACAAUUCAACACCCAUCACCAACCCCUACCUCCUUCGGCCCUAAGCUCGGCUUGUUGCAACUUUCCUCCUGAACAGGUGGAGUAAAACUUGCGUCUCUCCACAUGCCCACAGACAUGUUUAAUAGAAGAGCUGUAUUUGGGCCAUAGAGGCAGAAGAUAAAGAAGGGCUGAGACCACAUUUGCAAUCCAGAGUCUUGAGUUUUACAUUGACGCUCUGAUUAAAGAAUAUCAGUGUAAAUAUUGUAUAUGACUGUAAAUUAUUUUCUGAAUCUUAAAGAGAAAACAUUGGUUCACAUUGUCCCAAAAAUGUAUUAUCUACUUUGCCUUGAGACCUGUUAGAAAUGAAAAGUGUUGACUCAGCAAAGCGGGCUUAUUCGAUAUCAGCUUCUCUGUUGACGUGGAGAGGUAUCAUUUAUAACGGAACACAAUGCAGCCUGUAAACUAACUUGUGCUGCACCAGAAGUCAUCAGCCACACACACUGAAUGAAAUGUAAACAUAUUGUCCUGAUGAUUCUUAUUUUUGUGGUUAUAUUGCUGUGCGUAGUGAGUGUUACUGAUGGAACAGGAACUGGAGACCAAGAUGUCACAGGAGUCAAAUUUACAAAACUUUUGUCUUUUGAUUUAGAUUUUCCAUCCAGUGAAUCUUUAUUAUUAUUAUUAUUAUUAUUAUUAUUAUUAUUAUUAUUAUCUACACCAACGUGGUUAUGUUCAACUUCCUGGCUACAAGUUUGACCUUGACUUUUAAUUUAAUAUUAUUUCAUUUUAUUAUAGUCACUCUAAAAAAAAUGAUUGAAAAUGAUUUGAAAAUUACAACAAAGUGAUACGUAUAUUAAAAAAAAUUGCUUUACUUUUCAAUUUGGAACAAAAAACUGCUAAAAUGUGUUGGUUAUAGCAAAAUAUGUAAGUAAAUCCCAAGACAUUUAACUGGAAAAUGGAAGUCAUAUUUCUCAGUCCCACAGUGUAGUGCUCCAACUAUAAUAUAAAAUAUACUGUACGUGUAUAUUUUUGUCAAAAGAAUGAAAUAAAAAGCUUGUGUUUAUGUAUCAAAAGGUAUCCAACCAGGUUUCAUUCAAAUUUGGCAAACUACACUUUUUCAGAUGAUGAUUUCUCCCUCAAACCCCAUCAGAAUGAGAUAAAUUAUAAUCUGAUUUGAUGGGAUUUGAGAGAGAAAAACUGUUGGAUUUAAAUAGGACAACAAUAGCUGUAACGAACUAAGGAUCCAUCAAUUCAGAUUUUCUUCUGGAUUCAUGGGAGCAACAUUUCCACCCUUGCAGUUCUCUCAGUUCAGCCAUUGAUUUUGUAAAUGACAAAUGCUUCAGCCUUGCCAGAGGUCUACUGUAUGCUUGAGUGCUUUGGUUUUUUUGCACUGUAUAUGCUAAAUUUGGAUUAUUUAGUGGAGAGUAGAGACAGAAUAGAGAAAAAUUGCCUCUCCAAAAACAAUCAUAAAACAAUGUUUCAAAGUGAAACUGUCAAGUGUUAUCGUCACACUUUGUAUUAUACUGAUGUGGGAUUAAAAAAUAAAUAAAUAAAUAAAUAAAAACAAGUGGUAUGAAUAAUGCUGCCACUAAAGAUAUUUGUCAGUCAUUGGACAUGAUGUCAUGAUUUUGUAUUAAGUGGCUGGUAUACAAAAACAUCAAACUUCAUUAAAAUUUGAUUUACCCGUAAUCAAAAUUCCACAUCUUUGAUCAUGCUUUGGGCUUUGUAAGGUUAGUUAAAGUAUAGAUCUCAAGACUGAGCUGCUUGCCCACUUUUGCAAACAACAAUGACAAUUAAUAUACAGGUGAUCUUGAUAAAGGUUUCUUCCUAGUUUCCCAGCGAACCACCAGCCUGGCCAGAAUAAGCAUUGAAAGCACAUUAAAAAUAAUUACUCUCAAGGUAUGCGAAUGGUUUUGAAACUGUGCUUGUGGCGUGGACUAUAAAUUUAUAAAAGAACUGGUCCCAUUUGUACACUUGAAUGCAAAAAGGUCAGUUUAAACAUUGAUAAUCCAUCUUGGAAUUUAGCAGACUGUAUAUACAUUUCUUAAAUGCUGUCUUUUUUGUGUAUAGUUUUCCCCCUCUUGUUUUUCUUUAUUUCUCAGUCAUCACGUUUAACUAUAUUAAAGCUCAUCAAAUCCAUGAUACGUCACAAACUGUACAGACACUUACAUGAAUUCCAUCAAGUCUGCUUUUUUCUCUCACAAAUUUACAUGAAAGAAGGCUUAAGUGAGCACUUCCCCUUCACUAUUUUUACAGGGAAGACUUUUGCAGCUAAACACAGGACAUUUGAUAGAAAUGAGAAGCUGGAAGUUUAGCUGGCACUCCUUAGAAGUGAGAUGAGGUACAAGUUGAUUAUUCUAAUAACUUCAGCCCCUCGGAGAGACGCCUACUGCUAUUUUAUCUGGUUGCAGGUUGACCAACUUUUCAAAGAAGUACAGAAUCUAUAACUCGACCAAUCAACAUAUCUUGCCACAUAAUCAAGCAUGAAUUGUUACAAACAAUGAAUAAAUCACUGAGGUUAUGAUCUCUAGUGGUGACAAAUGCUUAUUUACAGAAUUCUUUCUCCUGCUACGUGUAACCACUGCCAAUCCAUUUCUGUUUAAGGCAGAUGUACACAGAUUUUUUUUUUCUCACCAGUCCAGGUUCAAAAGCUAUAGAGUAUUAAAUAUUUGUGCCACACUAAAAUAAAAAAUAAAAUAAGUAAUGAUGUGAUUAAAAAGAGCAGUUGUGAUAUUUGGUGACUUAAUUUGUAAAAUUACAGGGCACAAAAUUUACAGUAGAAUAUAUUAGGUCAAAUGCCCCAAAAGUAAAAGUCGGACCACCAACAUAUUUCUGGAAAUAUCUGCCUCAAAGGUUAAACAAACUUAGAGUUCAAAGUUCAAACCAUUAUUGUGAGAGGCAAAGCAUUAACUCCACAAGUUCUGAGAAGAACCUCGUUUGUUGGAUAUGUUCAACCAUGAAUUGAAUUCGAAGAUUAAAAGGGUUUUUAACAAAUCUAACAUUCACCUUUAUUAAAAUGAUGACUUUGUUCACAUACCACUGUAUGACAAAAAUACAAUUUAAAAUCUUAAAUCAAAGUACCAGCAACUUGUAACAUUGAGACCUUACUUUUGUAACAUUUCAACUUUGUUUCGUUUUUCUUUAGUUGUGGGAUGGCACUUUAUUAUUUCUUCUUAAACACACAUCCCCAACAAAAGCAAGUGUUAAAAAAGUAAAAAUCUUAACACUCGGGCUGAGCAAUGCAAGACACAAAAUUAUGGCUGAUCAAACAUAAACAAAUAAAUAGCCAACAUAUUGUUAGUUCAAUUAAUGAAAAUUAAAUGCUGAAAGCAAUGUUUAUGAAACUGUUCAUCCUGGCUGGGUUUAUUUAUUGAUUUAUUUGUUUGUUUUUCAUAGGGGGAAAAAAAAUAAAAUAACCUGUGGCCUAAAAUACACCAGUCUUGCCUGGGUAUCCUUCGGGUAUUCUUUCCCAGAGGACCUUGCGUUGCAUUGUUUAGUCAGAAUGAAGAUGUAGGGCUGCUUUGCGGCAAUUUUAAUGUUACUGUGUGGUUGCAAUAUGCCUUCAUUUUCUGAAUCAAUUGGCAAAUAUGUUGUCAGCAUAUUCUCCUGGAUGUAAAAACAACACAGAUCUAGUCCAAAAGGUCCAAUUUUCUUUGUCUCGUGGAUCGCCUGCAAUGACACACCCCCCAAAAACAAUGCAUUUUAUUUUACUGGUUGAGCGAACAGGCUCAGUGCAAAGCAAAAUGAUUAAUAUUUUAUAGGCCAGCCGUCUGUCCCAAUUCCACCAUCCCAUGGCCUUGAAUGUACCGCUGAAAGAGUCAAAGCCCAUGUGCCCUUUUCACCUGUAGGCUGCUGCAUUGUGUUUGUCAGACAACAAGCAGCGUGCAGAUACGAGGGCAAAACAGAUGAAUAAACACAAAGACCCAGAACAGUUACAAGGGGGUGCUACCAACAAAGUGAUUUAUUUUUCAGACAUGCCAAAGACGAGUCUGUGCUACAUUCAACACAACUGGAAUGGGGAUCCUUCUAUGAGAGACAAAGCCACUGGUUACUUGUUCACUGCCUCAAAUGUAAUUCUAGGUCUUGAGGAAAGUGGAUAAAGGAACGUCGGUCAAUAUGUCCACCUCGUUGUAUACGAUGCUGUCCAUAAUGGAAGACUGCCAUGAAAAGGUGCCAUGAAAUGUAGAGGCCAUCAAAUGAACAAGUUCUUCAAUAUGUGAUUGUUUUCUGAAUCUCUGUUUUGCUCUCAAUUAAUUUAUUUCUUUUGUACAAAUCAGUGUAUUGUGUGUACAAGGAAGAAAAUGAGUGGGGCUAACAAUGUUUAAAUGUUUUUGACAGAAUAUGCUUCAGACCCAGCAGGGAUGGCCCUGGUUCAGUAUGCAGCAUACAAUGUACACAAAGUCACACAAUAACUGGAACGUAUUUGUAAUUCAAAUGAGAACAAUUCUUGCACUGAAAGCAUCUUCAUUUGCAAACACUACGUGAACUUGGUUUGGAAAAGUGACUUAAGGGGAUGAUAGGAAUCAAAAGUCAACAUGUAAAUUAUUAGGAGCUGUUUUACUCAAUGGGCCUACCUGUAUGGAGUAAAAGAGAAAAACAAGGUUGUAUUUUAACUGUGCUGGUCUGUGAAUCUAUGAUGCUUUUGCUCUGUAUAUUUGGAGAAUAAAGAUCAUGUUUGAGUUU